AUGGGGGACUCCUGCUGGCUGCCCAAAACCGGAGGAGUCGUCACCGUCCACCGGGUGGCGGAGGAGUAUCGUGCCGUCCGCCGAGGGCUGUCCAGUGCCACCGCCAGGCACCGCAGCGUGUCUGGGAACUGGAGGGACGCUCCCAAGUUUUGCCCUUCGUGUGGUAUGAACGUGGGGUUCCUUACGGAGCGUCCAUCCACGUCAUCAAGCGUAGGCCAUGGGCCUACAGUGAAUGAGACAAGUAUCCAAGGAAGAGCAGCUCAAUUCAUGAGGUUCAGGGAAGUUAAAGAGGCUGAGAGGAGGACCUUUUCAAAGGCUAAAAAGAAACCAAACAUUACGGUCAAGAUAUUGAUUGGCAUAAUGACCAGAACAAAAUAUGGGUUAAAACCUAUAAGGGGGAAAACCUUGCCAUUAAAUGUUGAACCCCUGUGGUCAUCAAAACAAAUUUUGCCAGCUGCUAUAAAAAAACAGCGAGAUUUUAAUCAAGACACAAUGUACGAUGGAGAAUAUGUCCUGGUCUAUCCUGAUGGCUCUCAGGUACAAAAUAUACCAGGCACAGACAGACCCUUUGUCCUUGAACAUUAUAAAGAGGCCAUUGGAAAGGCUUACCAGAGGAUCGUACUGUUCAUCUGCCCCCUUCAGGAUUUGAGUCAUGGAGAUGACUCAUCUUCAGAAUCUGAUGAUGAAGCAUUUGCUAGGCUUCCACUGAAAAUUUUACCAAAACAAUGUCCACCAACAAUGUCCAGGCCAUCUGAUGGGCAAGUAUGUAUUAUUCUGUAAUGUUAUUAAGUUUAUGUUAAU